AUGUUUAUGAAUAUUAAAGUUAAAUAUUUUAUAUUAUUUUAUCUAAUUUCUUAUGUAUUAACACAACAACCAUUUUAUGCUUCUAAUAGACCGGAAGGUUAUAAUUUUGGAGGUGGUGAUAUGCCUAUUCUUGAAAGAAAUAGUUAUCCAUCAAUGAAUGAUAUUGACACAGAUGCUAUCAUAAGACCAAUAUUAUCACCAGUUGAAAGAAUGUUUGAACUUGCUGAAAAUAACAAAAAAAUGUAUGAGUAUGCAGAAAAGUAUGAAGAGAAAAAAAAAGCAUCAAUGUUUGAUCCAGAUUCAUUUUUAGAAGCGAUUGGAUUAAAACCAACAACUACAACAAAAGCUCCAACAUUAUUAGAGAAAUUAUUUAAUCCAUUUAUACAACCUUUUAAAAGAGAUUUUGAAAAAUAUGCUAAAGAUUCUCCUUUCAAAUCAAUACUUCCAACAACACCAUUACCAAAUAAUUUAAUUAAUAAUGAUUCACCACGUCAACAUCAACCAUCAUCAGUUCCUGAGGUUAAAGCUUAUUCAGAUCUCCAAAAACUCGCCAACUCAUUUCAAGUUGAUCCCAAAUUUGAGCCAUUAAAACCUCUAAAAGCAUUUCCAUCCAUUUUUCCAUUAAUUGAAAAAAAUAAUAAUAAUAAUAAUAAUGAUAAUAAUAAUCUAUUAAAAUCUAGACCCAUAAAAAUUUUAGAAAAGUUUUUUGGCAAAGACGAGGUUGAAAAAGACAUAUUUGGAUUUCCAAAACCUGAUAAUAUAGAAUUAAAAAAUCCAUUUACUGCUAAUCCACUUAUGUCUAUGUUUACAACAGCUAAACCUAAAGUUUCUGUUGAUGAUAUUAUUGAACAAAUACCAAAAGUUCUUAAACCUGUCUUCCCUACUCCAAAACCUGAUGAUCUUCUUAAGUUUCAUACUUUAUUACCUAUAACUCCUCUUUACAAUUUAUUAGAAUCACUGGGUGAGUAUGCUAAACCACAAGAUGAAAUACAAUAUGGAAGAGAUAAAAGUAUCUCUAUUCUUGGAGUGCCAAUAGGAAAAAAAGAUGGUUUAUCAUUAUCACCAACAACAGGUUUUACAUAUGAAAAACAAAAUAUGCUGGGACCAAUUGCAGUUAACGAUCAUUACAAUGUUAAAUGGGAUUUAUUUGAUAAAUUUAAAAAUGUAAUUCAAGACACCAGUGCUUCUACUGGCUUUGAUGCUAUGUUAGCAAAAAUGAUUUAUUUAGAAAACAAAAGUUGA